AUGCAAAUGGCCAGAAUACAACAACGAAAGGCUCCGUUCCGUGUUCUAUCGCGUACAGUUGAAGACCCCUUCAAUAUGAACAGUCAUUGCAAUCUAGAGGGCUGGGCGCCAUUUCAGCACAAGUUGGCGGAGUUUAGAUAUCGAGAAGCCAUCGCAUCACGUGCAUGCGAGACAAUUGAGGAAGCUUUGAAAGCCAUGCCUGAUUAUUCUGAGUCCUUGGAGGAGCAGAAGAGAGUUAGAGGGGUGUAG